AUGUCUGUCACGCUCCACACUACCCAAGGCGAUGUCAAGGUCGAAUUGUUCUGCGAAUCGGUUCCAAGGACAGCAGAGAACUUCCUUGCCCUCUGCGCAUGCGGCGCCUAUAAUGAUACUCCCUUCCAUCGCCUUAUUCCGGGCUUUAUGAUCCAAGGCGGCGAUAUAUCGCUCGGCCCAGCUGCGCAACAAUCAACAUCCACGAAGCCAAUUCUCCCAUACGAAAUCCCCAAAGGCGGCACCUCCAUCUACCACCCUUCGGCAUUGAACCAAGAAAUCCACCUUCCUACACUAAGACACAAUGCGCGUGGUGUGCUAUCCAUGGCCUCACGGCCAGUGAAGGACUCCACGGCCCCCGGUUCCCAAAACGCAACGGGAGCAACAAUCAAUGGCAGUCAGUUUUUCAUUACGUUUGCGCCUGCGCCACAUCUUGACGGAGCGAGUACUGUCUUCGGAAAGGUGCUGAAUCUUAGCGCCCAGGAUGAGGGCGGGGAUGUCCUGUCCAAGUUGGAAAAGGCCAACGUCAAGGUUGACAAGAAGGGCAAAGUCUCGCAGCCCAGGGAAGGGGAUGGUUUCGAACCGCUCAAGAUACAGCGCGUUACGAUACAUGCGAAUCCGUUUGCCACGUGA